AUGUCAGCAGCGGCAGGAGGUCUUACCCGACGCCGUGGAGGCGGAGGUGCCGCGGCCGGCGAUGGUGAGGCCAGCAAUGGCGCCAGCCGGACCAACUCAACGCCCAACAUCAAGGAUAGCGCCCCCGAGACGAGCUACGAGAGCGGCGAGAACGGCCACAAGAUCGCCUUCGACCCCCGCGACAUCAGCGAGAGCGCCGAGCGCAGCAAACAACCCAAGCUGACGUUGAUGGAGGAGGUUCUGCUCCUCGGUCUCAAGGACAAGCAGGGUUACCUGUCAUUCUGGAACGACAACAUCUCAUACGCUCUGAGAGGAUGCAUCGUCAUCGAACUCGCAUUCCGCGGUCGCAUCAGCAUGCAGAAGGAUGCCUCGAGAAGACGUUUCCCCCUCGCGGAUCGCGUCAUUGAGGUUAUCGACGACACCCUGACAGGCGAGGUCCUGCUCGAUGAGGCAUUGAAGAUGAUGAAGCAGAGCGAGAAGAUGAGUGUCAGCUCUUGGAUCGAUCUGAUGAGCGGAGAGACCUGGAAUCUGAUGAAGAUCGGAUACCAAUUAAAGCAGGUUCGCGAGCGCCUGGCCAAGGGUCUAGUCGAUAAGGGCAUCCUCCGCACCGAGAAGCGCAACUUCCUGCUGUUCGAUAUGGCGACCCACCCCGUCGCCGACGGAGGUGCUAAGGAGGAGAUUCGCCGCCGCGUCCGCAACGUUUUGACCCAGCGUACUGUCGUCCUCCCCGCAUCCCAAUUCCUGCCCGAGAACCUCGAAUUCCGUUACGUCCGUACUCUUGCCAUGGUGUGCGCCGCCUACGCUGCCAACGUGCUCGAGAACGCCCUGAGCACCCUCGGCCACGAGGCCCGCGAGCGCGCCUUUGCCCAGACAGACGAGCUUCUCGCCGACUACAGCCAAUGGCCUUUUGGAAAGAAGGCUACCGGCAACGGUAUCGGUGCCAACCUGCCUCAAGUCAUCGCAGACGAAAUCAGCAAGGGCAAGGAUAAGGAGCUGCAACUCGAAGUUGUGGCUGCCUGUCUUAGUGUCUUCACCCGUCUUGAUUCCCUCUUGUAA